AUAAUAUUAUAGACACCUGUAAGUGCGAGGAAAGCUACAACAAAUUCCAGCCGAUUCCUCGUCGCUUGAUCUACUGAAACAGCCAUCGGAUAAGAGCCUCUCGACUUUGACUCGUCGUCUACCUUGCGAUGACUAGCCUCAACUUUCAUCACUGUCAGACUAAAGAUAUGGAUCCGAAUUUGUACCGAUGGUGCCCUUGCACCAUACAUGGAUGUCUUGGGCAGCCUUUAUCGCCACCGACGCGAUCACGAGAGUCAUCACUGACCAUUCGCUCUUCGUUCGGCCCUCCGUCACUGGCAUAUUCCCAUUCAUCUGGAAGCUCGGACUCGAUGAGAUCGGCACCUCCAACACCUCCGCCUAUUGAACGAUAUCAAUUUAAGGCGCAGGCCUAUGUUCGCCGGUUUCAAGAAAGGCAUGGGCCUAACGACAAUGUUGGUCCUGUGUAUGGUUCAGCCCGUCACGAAACUACUGCCAAAUCCAAAGUACCUAGCGUAUAUGAGCCACAAGCUCGCAAACACGGCCAUCGAGUUUUUGUUUUGGCGCGGCAUCGCGACAAGUUAUCUGAUGUUCCCAGUGAACCGCUAGUCCGUUGCCCUCCAAUGGUAUGUCCCACUAAAUGUCUCCAACCACAGCACCUAAUAUACGUGCUUGUUAAUUUCAGGACAAAGUUAACAAUCACGUAUAUUACGCGCAGUGGACGGGAUCCGAUCCCACCCAAGAGUCCCUGCCACUCAAGCCCGACGUCGACCUGUCCUGCAAAAAAACCGGUCCAAAGUUUUCCUUCGAGCCUCACAAACUGCCAAAAACCUUGAAGAAAACUAGCAGAGAUAGGAAGAGUAACUGGUUCUCACCCAAUCCCAAUAAUGAUCCACGCGAUCCGAUAGUUGAGCAGACAAGCCAGCGAACUCUCCAACGACUCCGGCCUAACAUAAGACCCAGUCCUGGUCUUUCGAGUCCACCAAGUUGGACCCCGAAACCGAUCAUCAGCCCUCUUGCGAUGGUCCUUGCUCACCUCGAGCGAUUAUGAGAA